AUUAAGAAGGACUUAACCCGUUACUGCUCUAAAGUGACGAUAUCACGGUAAGUAUUAUUAUCACAAAUAUUCAUCUCUUAGUUUAACCUUCACAUACAAUUAUUAAUUUUCAUAUCCAAAAUUUGAGCACGAAUGGAACUUAGGCCUACAUCACCAAGAGUUAUGACUUUGAUUUACUUCAAAGAUAUAAAUUGCUGAGGGGACGAAAGUCUAUGUAACCACUUUCUUUCAAUUGUCUUGAGAUGGUAUUCUAGCCUGCAGUAUUCACCAUACUGUCUGCAUUUAACAUUGAAAUACAAAUAAGCACACCCGCUUAAUCAGGAUGUUAUAGCACUGUGCGUGCGGAAAAUACCGGAUAAGGUGACGCGGCCAAAUAACCUCUGUAAAUAAAGAAUCCGCUGCAGAAAGUAAAUCAAGUUUCGUUAUCGAGUUUUGUAUAAUACGGGCAGACGUUUAAUGCACACAAAUACACGCUCUGUUACUUAACGUAAAUGACUACUUCAUGACAGCAAUUCUGAUGCUAUAGCAGUUCAUGGGAAGUCUUUUAAUGUUUUACUUAAUAUUUAUUUAGUAAAAUUUGAGAAUUACAAUGGUUGAUAAAAUGUCGUUCAAUGGAAGUACAGAUGACGGAAGUGUUGUUCAUAAAAAUUGGACACAAUGUGAUUUUGAUGAGUUUAACGUUACAUCGAUUGAUCAACCAGAAGCACCCUUUUAUUUAGUUGUUACGGCGACGGUAUGUUACGUCAUUAUUUUUGUCCUCGGCGUAAGCGGUAACGUCAUAGUUGUGACGGUGUUAAGUCUCGUGCGAGCUAUGAAGACGACAAUGAAUAUGUACUUGGUUAAUUUAUGUGUUGCCGAUCUCCUGGUACUCAUAAUGUGUAUGCCGACAGCUUUGGUGGAAAUAUUCACGAUGGAAGAAUGGCUUUUUGGGGAAGUUAUGUGCAAGCUAGUUCCGUUUUUAGAACACACUGUCUCCAAUGCUUCUGUACUGACAAUUCUUGCCAUCAGUGUGGAACGCUACAGGGUUAUCCGACGACCAUUUCUUGGAAUCACAGAGUGUUAUACAAAGGUGGUGAAAGUGCUUGUAGUAAUCUGGAGCGUGUCGGUAAUUGCUAGUUUUCCGUGGUUUUAUAUUGCUAUUUAUAGAAGCUCAAUGCUUAUGGAUGGAACGCCUAUUAUGGUUUGCCGUAACCCAAUUCGUUUAUAUUGGCAGCAGGUAUACAUUACUGGACUGACGUUACUAUUUUACCUGGUACCAUGUUUGAUUUUGCUAGGAAUUUACAUUGAAAUAUGCCGGGAACUAAUCCGUACCAACAAGGACCACGGUGCGCGUUUCGGACAAUCGGAGGUUGGGAGAAUUGCAUUUUACAGCGAAAGAAAACGCUCCCAGAGGCAAGUGCUGAAUCUUAUUGGAUCAAUAGUGUUUGUGUUCUUUUUAUGUCAUUUGCCGCUCCGAGUCGCGGGUUUGUGGUUUACAUUUGAGGACAAACACGUCAUUUAUUCCCUUGGUCUGGAGAUGUACCUGAAUAUUCUCUUCUCCACUCGAAUUAUUUUUUAUCUUAAUCACGCCUUGAAUCCAAUUGUAUACAACUUUGUCUCAAGAAAAUUUAGGAAUGCGUUAAAGAGCGUUUGUCUGAAUGACUGGAACGGAAGUGAUAGAAAGAGAUCUGUUACUAAACGCAUGCUGGUGAAAACAUCGAGUAACCGAGUGUGCGUCAGACGCAACGUCAUCUACUGUGAAGAUAAUCAUAGUUAACUAGCAAAUUGUGAAGAUAAUCAUAGUUAAUCAGUAAACUGUGAAGAUAAUCAUAGUUAACUAGCAAAUUGUGAAGAUAAUCAUAGUAAACCAGCAAAUUGUUAAGAUAAUCAUAGUUAACCAGCAAACAGAGAAUAUAAUCAUUGUUAACCAGUAAACUGUAAAGAUAAUCAUAGUUAACCAGCAAAUUGUGAAGAUAAUAAUAGUUAAUCAGCAAAUUGUGAAGAUAGUCUUAGUUAACCAGCAAACUGAGAAGAUAAUCAUAGUUAACCAGUAAAAUAAGAAGAUAAUCAUAUUUAACCAGUUAACUAUGAAGAUAAUCAUAGUUAACCAGCAAGCUGCGAAAUAAUCGUAGUUAACCAGCAACGUAAACUCUUAAAGGAAGCAAAUUAACAAAAUAAGGACACGCUGAUACGCUAUAGUUUUUUACACAAACGACAUGAAAACAAUACAAAGCUAUGGUUCAGGCUUGACAGCCAUAAUUAUGCUGAUUUUUGUCCAAACAAUGUGAUGUUUUAAAAAAAUUUGAUUUUACUCAGAUAUGAUCUUGCAUGCAUCCUUUCGUUUCAAGUGUAAAUAUGUUGCCAGUUGUGAACGAUUCAUUUAUUGCAUAAUAACAAAAAGGUCAACACACACAGAGAAAAAAUAAAUUUGUUUCCAAUUACAGUUCCAUUGAAUUUCUCUAAAAGAAAUUCAAAUGUGUUCGUGUAUAGAGGCAGUCAACCAUGAGUUCAUGAAAAUACGGCAAAUUUCGCAAUGUUCGUCAAUGUUGUAACAUUUCUUUAUGAUUAGGGGCAUUAUAAAUUCUAAUCGCAACUCUACGGACCUUUCCCUCGGACCUUUACGUGUACUAUUUAGUGUAACGUUUUGGCAUUUUUUAUAAUAAGCUUGGUUUGAUUAAAGAUUAUCAAAUUACUCAAAUGAUAUAAGUGUUACAUAACUAUUAUGUUAUUUGUUUAUAUUGCGACAAUAUAUUUUAGUUUACGGUACUUUACAAUAUACGUUUGGUAUACGUAUUUUCAAUAAACGUUUGAUAUCAUAUAAUGUUAUAAACGUUUCAGUGAUUAUGAUCAUUCUAAUCAACCAAUGAAAAUAAGUCAUGCUUGAGCGAUCAUUUCAGCAGGUAUAAAUACGGCGAUUAAAGCAACAUUAUUCAGUCUGCAGAGGAAUUUACCGAGACCGGGUUAUUCUAUGUAACUGAAGCCUCGCUUCAUACAUAGAGGAUAAUUUCGUCUACCUAACUGAAGCCUAGCUUCAUAGGUAGAAAAGAAGAAUUGGCCAAAACUAAAUACCCUUGUUUAUCCAAUUGAAGCCUAGCUUCAUGGAUAUAGGGUUGUUAUAUGAAAGUUUGUGAAAUUGUAUUUGACUCUGGGUACUUAUAGACCACCACAUUUCCUGAAAGCCUCGCUAUCAGAAUCGGUAACAUAUAGGUAUUAAAAAUCCAGAGGUAUUCUAAUAACAAAUAAGUUUGUAUAGAUAAAUUAGUUGGAACUUUGUUGUAAAUCCCUGCCAGCAGCUUAUCUUUCUAUCUAAAUAGAAGCAUCGCUUCAUAGAUAGGAAGGUAGUUGCUGGACUAUAGGAAAUUAUCGGGUUGCAGCGUGAUAUCUAUAGCUUUUGAAUUAUUUCAUAGUGUUAUAUUGUAAAGAUAUUUACUAUAUUUAGACUUUUUAGAAUUUAAUAGUGUAUUUUGGAGUGUUAAUUUAAGCUGAUUGUUUAUGAUAUAUGAUAAUUUUAUAAUCAUUUGUUUCUAAUCAAACGGCAGGUAGCCCAAAGAAAAAUUUAUUAUAUAUUCGUUGUACAUCCGCUCGGUACACGUUACAUUAGUACACAAAGUAUUAAUACACAGACCGACUUCUCUACCCUAAAAUUGUAGACAUAUUUUGUAUCCUCAUACUAUAACCGAAUGCAGAGAUGUCAAAUAAAUACAUUCGUUACCCAUUAUGCAAAUAUUGGUGUAACCCUAAGCCUCUUUGCAUCACAACUGGGACUUAAAAUUCAUUUUGUCCCAGAUCACAAAACACAUGGUAGAACUACUUUCGAUUCGAAUUGCUUUAGAGAUGAUUUUUGGUAAAAUUGCGAGGUGUUCCGAAUGAACAAAAUCUUGCCAAUUGCAAUGUAUAUUUCAAUGUUUUCUGACAAAAUUUCUGCAAUUUAAAGUGAUGAAGAAAGCUGAAAUUAUAAGAGUAGCUUGUCUGAAUUAAAUUAGUUUUUUUUGUCUGGAUUAAAUAUGUUUUAGAAAAAAAAGUCAACAUGUAAUCUGUAAAAUAUUUUUGCACUGUAUCGUCAAUAGAGAACAUAAAAUGUAAAAUUUGAAUUCUUGGAAAUCUUCUAAUCUUUAACGCUCCCGUGGGAUAUUGGAGUAUCUGUAAACAUUGAUUUAACGAGCAAAUCGUAUAUGAUUUGUAAAUAAUAUUUAGUGUAAAUUGUCUAUUGCGCAUCAAAAUUAAUAUCUUACAGCCCGCACGGGAUUCAAGUAAGAGCGGCGUCUGGAACUGUAGUCAUGGUAAUGGAUGUAUACAUAAUUUAGCAGAUGUCCAAUACUUGCAUGCUUGUAGCACAUUUGUCAAAGUAUUUAGACAUGCAAAGCUAUUAAAUACGUUGUUUUUGUUCUUGGUUAUUGCCCAUGUAUAAAAUAACACAAUAUAUCAACUCGCGACACAGUUAGCUGGAUUAUAAACAAGAUAUAUCGCUCCGAAUGGAGAACGCUAUGGUAAAUUACUGUAAAUGAAUAAAUGACGGAUGUUUUUGUUUGUUUGAUUAUUUUUGUUGUUUUCUUUUCUUUUCUUCAAAAAUCAUCGCAUUGAAAACGGUAACAAAUUGAAUCAGGAGCCAGGGAUCUGAUAUGUGUUCCAAAAUUUAAAACAAAACAUCCAGGAAUUGUUGAGGUUCUUGUUAACUUCAGUCAUAGGUUAGAGCACUGUCCAGUUCAUGUCUAUGUUUUAAUUUGUGAGCAACAAAGUCUCGAUCUUUGUUCCAUAAAGCGCACCCGAAACUAAGUACAUUAAACAUUUUUAUCGUUUACCACCUUCCGAUUAUUUACAAAAUAUUAAAAAAUCAUUAUUAUAUAUCUUAAGCUGGACGCCAAAACAAGAACUAUUCUCUAUAGACUGUAAAAUUGUGAGCCUUAAUCAAAACUUUUAUAUUAAUUAAUUUAUUUAGACAAGAUAUUAAGAUCACAUGAACUUGUCUAUUCAAGAACUUUAAUCGAAACUUCUUAUUUCAUGCGUGGACUUUGCAAAGCUCCAGCUAUGAUUAAAACUAAAUUGGUAUAAAAAAAAUCUGGAAAAAGGACGGGCCCUCAGAAACAAUGGAAACAAUAGUAUUAUACGAAUAUUGCAGACUCGGUUUGAUCGAGUCUAUUCGUGAGAGAUAAUGUAAAAGUGCAACAGCACCGGCUUAAACGGUAUUAUAUCUUCACCACGUAAAGGUGUUGGAAACAAUAAUCCCGAAGCACUAGAAAAAUAUAACAACACUGUCGAGGAGAACUUUUUACAGCUGCCACACGGAACUUGUAAAACGCAUCUGGCCAACUGAUGUAAAACAGUAAAUAACAAAGAAACAAUUUUCGUGAUCUCUCGCUAAAUGUAAAUGUACUGGAGAUUUCCUAAACAUAAAUAAUAUAACAAUUUAAUAACCAUAAUGUUGACAGUUCUAUUGACUGCAUCAUUUAUUCUAAGACAUACACUACAUACAGUGUACCUGUUUGGAUGAUUUUUACGUUUGUAACAAGUUAUCUUCGAUGAGUUUUUAUAAAUAACUCCUUUUCUGCAAUAAUUCACAUAAAUACAUCAU